UGUCAGGGCCAAAGGAAGAAAAAAAAUUAAGAACGGAGUAUCAACGGACUAUAGAUAGCCUAGUGUAGUACUACACUAGAGUUUAGUGUCUACAUUAUACAAUAUAACUCUUUACUUAUGGUUUAUUAUUCUGUUAACUGUAGUAUUUUGGUCAUAAAAUUAAAAAAAAUUGUAUUUAUGUAGUGAGUUCUAUUUUCUAUUAAAAAGAACAGAUUCUAUAAAGGAAUUUAUAAUAAACAUUUAAUAUAAAUUUUAUCAUAGUUUGAUGAUGACAAGUUGCUAAUUCAUUUAUGAGAUACAUUUUCUAAGACCAUUAACGAGCGAGAGAGAGAAGACAAUUCAGUAUGGCGGAUUAUACUACGAUUGAUUUAACAAAUUCUUUGUGCUUAGUAAAUCACAAUGCUUUGUCUAAUUUAAUCAUUGAAUUAGAUGAUACAGACGAGUCAUUUUCCGGGGAUAUAGCUUUUCAGAGUACACCAAUCAGAGCUCCAUCGAAAAAAUUACGACAAUCACUCAUAAAAAAGAAGAAAUUAGAUAAAUCACCGGAGAAUACACCAGAUUCCAAAAUAGGAGAAUGCUCUAUUUGUUGUGAAAGAUUAGGGAAAAGACCAGUUUCAUCGACAAUUUGUGGACAUAUUUUUUGCACAGCCUGUAUUGAAACAGCAUUACGUCAUGAUAAAAGAUGCCCACAAUGCAGAAAAACUAUGAAAGGAGCAUAUAAAUAUCAUCCAAUAUAUAUACCAUUAGAAUCUAAAUGAAACAGUUUAAAGGAGUAUAUGUCAUUUAUUUAACUUAAUACUAUCCACCUUUUUGUAUAACUACUUUAACAAUUUAGAUUUUCUUUUAUUCAGAUGUAUGAAUUAAUAAAUUGCUAUUUUAUAUAUAAGAUUAAUAGAGAACAAUAGUCAUCCAAUGGUUUUAAUAUUUAUAAAGGGAUCAGUAUUUUUCUUAUCCAUUUCCACUAUUAUCUGCAAUCUUAAUUUUAAAAUAUAUUUAAUGUAUAAAUUUGAUUUAGGUUAUAGCUAAUUUCAAUUAUUCUGUUCUGUACAUUUAAUAAGUAUAAUUUAAACAUAAUGUGUAAAUUUAUGUAAUGUGAUAUUAUUUUAUGCCAAUAGCCUAUAUCAUAACAGAAGGUUUUGACUUUGGCAACUUAGUACCUGUAAAUUAUAAUAAAUGGUCACUGCUUGAGGAAUAUUAAAUGUCACUAGUAUGAA